CGGCUGGCCCUGCUGCAUAAAGGAUGCGGGAGGAAGCAGGCUGGUGGGGUGGCUGGUUGCCGAUUUUUAAUAUUUAACGUAUUUGUGGUAAUUAUAUUCUGAUGUAAACGACGUUAUUUUUGUUUUGCGCUUUUACGCCCCGCUGAUGGAAGUCUCCUGAUCUGCGGCGCUCCGGCGAUCUGGAUACGAGCCCCGGCUGUCCAAUGACAUUUUCCUCCUUCGGCGAGAAGUGCGCCUGCCGUGCGGACUGCGUUUGGAUUGCUUGCGAACCUCUGUAGCUUGCAUGAAGGACCUCGGGGAAGAGGCAGUGUUGGUCGGGGAAGGUUGUGACCCCUCCCUCCUGCCUUUACGGCUUAGGGGACAAUAGCCAAAGGAGAUUUCUCCCCCUGUUCCCGUAAAAAGGAUCAUAAUUUACUGCAAGCCGCAUCCCGAUCGCCUUUUUUGAUGUACGCCGGAGGACCCUGCGCGUGACGGAAUUGCCACUCGCUUACUCAUUCAUUCUUUGUGCUGCCGGUCUGAGCUCAGCCACACAGCGCGUCUUCACAGGUGCCGCGGACGCACUGGGUCUUUUUUAUCCUCCUCCUCCUCCACCUCAUCUCAUCUUGUCAUAGAGAUCUGGGCAGCGAUGUCUCACGCCCGCAGUAUCGAGCUGGAGCACUUUGAUGAGCGGGACAAGGCACACCGCUUAUCUCGUGGUUCCGCGACGAGUUCCAUUUCAGGGUCUCGUGGAAACGGGCUCAUUCCCUCCCCGGCACACAGCGCCCACUGCAGCUUCUAUCGUACCCGAACCCUACAGGCACUCAGUUCCGAGAAGAAGGCCAAAAAAGUGCGCUUCUACCGCAAUGGAGACAAGUAUUUCAAGGGCUUGGUGUACGCGGUGUCAGGGGACCGCUUCCGAUCCUUCGACGCGCUGCUCAUGGAGCUCACCCGCUCCCUCUCGGACAACGUGAACCUCCCGCAGGGUGUCCGCACCAUCUACACCAUCGAUGGGACCAGGAAGAUCACCAGCUUGGAGGAGAUGGUAGAAGGUGAAAGCUACGUUUGUGCCUCCAACGAGGUGUACCGCAGGGUCGACUACACGAAGAACGUGAACCCCAACUGGUCGGUGAAUAUCAAGUCCGUGGCCGGCCGCUCGCAUUCCUCGCACGGCACCCUGAAGAGCGAAUCGCGAGAGAGCAAAGACUUCAUCAAGCCCAAACUGGUGACCGUGAUCCGAAGUGGGGUGAAGCCCCGGAAGGCCGUACGGAUCCUCCUGAACAAGAAGACGGCCCACUCCUUCGACCAGGUUCUGACGGACAUAACGGAGGCCAUCAAGCUCGACUCGGGAGUCGUCAAGAGGCUGUACACGCUGGAUGGAAAGCAGAUUACCUGCCUGCAGGACUUUUUUGGAGAUGAUGAUGUGUUCAUCGCCUGUGGGCCAGAAAAGUAUAGAUAUGCCCAGGAUGAUUUUCUAUUGGAUCACAGUGAGUGUCGCAUCAUGAAGUCUCCAUAUUCACGAUCAGCUACUCCCGUACGGCCGUCUGGAUCCAAAAGUCCUGGACUCUCCCGGAGGAUCAAAUCUCCUUCCUCAGUGAGGCGAGCAGGACACUUUUCUUCCAGUUAUUCUCCAGUCAAGUCACCAGUCAAUGGGACCCCCACCAGUCAACUGUCCACACCCAAGUCUACCAAGUCUUCCAGCUCUUCACCCACCAGUCCAGGCAGUCUGCGAAGUCUCAAGAUUUCUCAGCAUCAUGGAUCCUCAUCCAAUGUGAAUGGCACCUCUGACCAGGUCAACUGCUUGAGUCCAGAAGCAGUUAAUGGGAACAAAUGCUUAGCAGCUUCUGUUAUCCUGGAGAAGUACAAAGUCGGGAAGGUCAUUGGAGACGGCAACUUUGCUGUUGUGAAGGAGUGCGUGGAGAGAUCUACCGGGAAGGAGUUUGCAUUGAAAAUAAUUGACAAAGCGAAAUGCAGCGGUAAGGAACAUCUGAUAGAGAAUGAAGUGGCGGUGCUGCGAAGAGUCAAACAUCCCAACAUCAUCAUGCUGAUUGAAGAGGUGGACACGGCGACUGAGCUGUACCUGGUCAUGGAGUUGGUGAAGGGCGGAGAUCUGUUCGAUGCCAUUACCUCUUCAACGAAGUACACGGAGCGGGAUGCCAGUGCCAUGGUGUACAACCUGUGCAGCGCUCUCAAAUACCUGCACUCACUGAACAUCGUGCACCGAGACAUUAAACCGGAGAACCUCCUGGUUUGCGAGUAUCCCGAUGGCACCAAGUCAUUAAAACUGGGCGACUUCGGACUGGCUACUGUGGUGGAGGGUCCGCUUUACACAGUUUGUGGCACCCCUACCUACGUAGCUCCAGAAAUCAUUGCUGAGACGGGCUACGGCCUGAAGGUGGACAUCUGGGCGGCCGGAGUCAUCACGUACAUCCUCCUCUGUGGCUUCCCUCCUUUCCGCAGUGAGAACAAUCUCCAGGAGGACCUCUUUGACCAGAUACUGGUGGGACAUCUGGAGUUUCCAUCGCCAUACUGGGACAGCAUCACUGAUUCAGCCAAAGAGCUGAUCGGACGGAUGCUGCAGGUCAACGUGGAGUCGCGGUACACGGCGGAGCAGGUGCUGGCUCAUCCCUGGGUGGCGGAUGACGCUGCCAUGGAAAACAACGUGCAUGUGGAUGUUACAGGUAAAUUAAAGAAGCACUUUAAUUCAGCGCCAAAGCAGAAUAACACAACAGCCGGCGUCUCUGUCAUCAUGACGACAGCUCUAGAUAAGGAGAAGCAGAUGCUGGUCAACAAGCGCUACCAUGAGGGCAAGGAGCCGGGCACCAACAAGACCCUGCAGCACGGCCAGGAGGCUGCCUCCCCCGAGCCUGGCACACAGUCCACUUCGCCCCCUCCGCCGGACGUCAGUGUCGCCGCUCCACCGGCACACAGUGAGCCCUGACACGGCCAGCCUCUGCCAGCCCGGCCGUCCGUCCGUCCGUCCGUCUGUGCCACCCGACCUGCACGCCUGACACCGAGCUGGCACACAUCGUCUGCUCUGCUGCGGCCUUGUUGGCGCUGAUUUUCUUUUACAUUUAUUUUUUUCUUGUUCGUCUUGUUUCCUUUGGUUUUGUAGAUAUUGAUUUGUAUAUAAGCUACGGUCUCCAGUUUGGAAUUCUGCAACUGCUGUCAUAUAGUGCCGGACUGAUAGGACUGGGAAUCAAUGAACCCGCCAGGGACGCACUGGGAAUUCAUCAAGUCGUUAGAUGGGCGGGAAAUAAAAAAAAAAUAUAAUUUUACAGCGCCACCAAGUCAAAGUGGAAAGUCAGAGCCAAGGUAUUUAUUUGUAAAGUACUCCAGAGUCGCGUUUCUGGCUUGCGCGCCGCUUUUUAACUGUCUGCUUGAAAACGCGCAGCUUGCUGCACUGCAGGCCGCUGGCUUCGGUUUUCUGCCUGUUUUUAAUCGUCUCCUCUCUAUGUGUUGGGAAUAAAAAAAAACACGCAGAAUCUCUCUUCCACUAGGUGAGUCCUGAACCUCAUUCGUGGGCACUCGUGGAUGGGCCGUCGGGGCCUUUUAGCUGUUGGUUUGACUUCUUUUCAGGCUGAUCCCUGUUUUCACGUGAGCUCUCAUUUUAUAUUAGAAAUAAACUGGAACGAUGAAAAACAAUGCAAUAAACGUCCUUCUCAUCCGGAAA